UUGAAACAAUUCUCUAUUGGUUUACGAAACGUAGCUUAUUAUUGUUUAAGAAUUUUAUAUACGAUUGAAACCACUUUUAUAUGAGAAAAUUACGAUGGCAUCUAAGUGCUUGAUUAUAUAUCGACAAAUUUCAACGUCGACAGUAUUUCGUGGUAAACGAAAUUUUCGAAUGAUUCAACUUUACAACAAACGGGGUAGUCGGCAAUUUAAAGAAGAACGAGCUAAAAAUCUGCAUUGCGAUAUUCCAAUUGAUAGAAGAGGAUUAAAAUUAACCGGAAAGUGGGAAAAUGACAAAUGGGUUAACAUACCAGAAAUGAUACCAGAACUUAUUGUGCCUGAUCUGAAAGAUUUUCACUUAAAACCAUAUGUGUCUUAUAGGGUUCCACAGUUUACCAAGCGUGAAUUUACUGCUAAAGAUUUAUUUUAUUUAACAUAUGCUGAUAAAAUUAAAGAAGAUUAUAAAAAUUGUCAACUGGAUGAAAAUGGUCAACCAUUAAAUCCUAGUGAAAAUGAAAAAAUGACAGCUGAAGAAGCUAAGAAUCGUGCUGAUCAAACUGGCACAGAUCUGUUCCAAGCUAAAGUAGUAUAA